AUUCAUUCAUUCUGUCAAUCUGUGAUUCAACAACAAUAACGACAAUAACGAUGAUUCAUCAUUUGCUCAAUGAAUAGCUUUGUGGUGUUUGUUUGGGAUGCAAUCAUACAUUCUUCAACAGUGAACAUUGAUCAUAUUGUUGUAAUUUGAAUAAAUACAAAAUGCUAACCAAAACGUUGAAUGAAUUUUGCUAUAAUCCAUCGAUUUUCAUAUUGAAAUUGUGAUAAUUUCUGUCAGUGUAUUUAAUUUGUUUUCAGCUUAAAGAUAAAAUCAUCAUGUCUAAUCAACAACAACAACAACAACAACAGAAUUGUCGAUGGGGUGAAGUCAUAUUACUGGAUGGUCGUAGUGUUGAAAUAUUGAUUCAGCCACGUUUAUUUGCUGGCGAUCUUUUCGAUAUGGUUGCCACACAUUUUGAUUUGAAAGAAAAGGAAUUUUUUGGUCUUGCAUUUCUAGAUGAAACUGGUCAAUAUAAUUGGUUGAAUCUCGAAAAACGUGUAUUGGAACAUGAAUAUGCACAAAAUCGUAUUGUACCACCACGUGUUGUUCGGCAACAACGACAACAUCAACAACUAUCAUCACAAUCAACGACAAAAUUAUCAACAACAAAAAUUACGAAUAAUCGUCAUAAUGUUAACUAUCAACACCAACAACCAGAACAGAUGAUGAUAAAAUCGACAACAAAAUUAAAACUGACAAAAUCUAAAUCACGAUUACCAAAUGUUAGUAAAUUAAAGAGCUUAAAGAAUAAAAAUUUAAAACAUUCAACGACCACAAAAUCAUCAUCAAAUUCAAAUACAUUAAAUUCGUGUAUAUUUAGUUCUGUAUCAUCACCAAAUUAUGAUCAACAAACAUCAACGACGACACCGCCACCACCACCAUUACCAAUGGUGCCACCACCACAAUUACCAUUAAUAUUGGAUACACCAGAAAUGAUUAUUGUGAAUCCAUCAACAAUAAUUAAAACAAAUAUAACAAAAACAUCAUUAAUGAAUGAUGAUUAUGAUCAAAAUCAAGAUCCAGAUCCCAAUGAUGAUGAUGAUCCACUUUAUGAUGUUAUAGUGAAUUUGGAUAAAAAUCAUCACCAUCAACAUAUGAAUAGCAAUGAUGAUGAUGAUGAUGAUGAUGAUCGUGAUAUGCAAAAUAAUUGCCAUAAUCAUCAUAAUGGUGAUGAUCAUCAUGAUUAUGAUUUAAAUGACAAAAACAAUGAUAAUAAUAAUUUUCAUCAUCAUCAUCAUCAUAAUAUUAAUGGAUCGAUACCGGCAAUCGAUUUAUUGGAAAAUGAUUAUUAUGAUUAUGAUUAUGAAGAUGAUGAUGAUGAUGAUGAUCAACAACAACAAGAUAACCAUGAUGAUGAUGGUGAUUAUUGUGAUCAUCUAGUGCUUUAUUUUCUUGUCAAAUAUUUUGUUGAAUCAAUCACAAUGUUACAGGAUGUGAAUACAAUCGAAUUGUUCUAUCUACAGGCCAAAUCAUUAUUGAUUAAUGAAAUUGUUCAAGUUGAUCUCGAAACUGGAUUAAAAUUAUCUGCAUUAAUAUUACAAACAACAUUUGGUGAUUAUAAUAAUUUCAAUGAAAUUAAAUCCCGUAAUCGUAUACAUCGUCUUCGAUUGAUCUCAUCGAAUUUAUUGGAUGAAUAUACAUCUUAUUCAAUAUGUGAAGAUUGUAUUAUUGAUGAAUAUAGAAAAUUAUCCGGCAUUUCAUAUGGUGAAUCAAUAUUUUUAUUCAUGUGUUUGAUUGAAAAACAACCAACAUAUGGUGUUCAUUUCUAUGAGGUUAAAGAUAAAUCAAAUCAACCAUAUUGGCUUGGUUUAUCAUUCAAAGGUAUUGAUCAAUUUAGCCAUAAUGAUCGCCGUAUACCAUUGAAACAAUUUUCAUGGAAACAAUUGGAAAAUUUAUAUUUUCGUGAAUGUAAAUUUUCUAUCGAAGUUCGUGAUCUUAAACGUGUUGUACAUACAUUAAGUUCAAUCAAUCUUUAUGAGAAUGCAAUUGAAGAUCCGGAUUUAUUUGACGAUUUAUCCACAGCAAUCUGUGAUCCAACUACACAAGUAUCUGUAAGUCGUCGUACAUUUGGUCCAUGUAAUGUGACUGUGUUUGUUUGGUUUGCAUCAACAUCAUCGCUAACAAAAUGUAUCUGGUCUAUGGCCAUAUCACAACAUCAAUUCUAUAUUGAUCGCCGGAUUAACAAGUCAAUAAAACAUCAACGUGAUAAAGAUGAAAUCAUUCGAUGUUUGAAUGAUAAUCGAAAACAACAGCAACAACAACAACAACAACAACAACGAAAUAGCUAUAGUAGUGGUAAUAGUAUACGAAAUUCAUUAUAUUCAACUUCAUCAUCCAUUGAACCGAUGAAUCAACAACAACAACAACGUUCAUCAACAACAUCGAUUCCAUCAUCAAUUAAAUCGACAAAUUCAUUGAUAAAUUAUUAUCCACCACCACAACCACCAUCAUCAUCAUUAACAUUACCACGUAAUGUAUCAUUAGGAUUUAAUAAUCAUCAUCAACGGCAACAUCAACAUUAUCAUCAUCAUCGUCCAAGAACAAAUACUACAACAGCAUCACAACAACAGAAUCAGCAACAACAGAAUAAAUCAUCAUCAUUGAUCUCAUUGAAUCAUAUUAUCAUGCAACAAGAUACGGGAUAUCCAUUAGAAUCGAUAAAUAAUCAACGAAAUUCUCAGACAACAAUAUUAACUACCAAUCAACAACAACAACAAAGAAUGGCCACAGCAAUGCAAUUGAAUCGGCAGCAACCAUUUCGACAUUCAACAUCAACAUCAAGUAUAAAUAAAAUGUCAACGCCAACAACAGCCAUUUAUCGUGGUUCAAUGAAAAAUAAUAGUCAUGGUGGUCAAUCAUCACGAUCAAUAAAUCGAUUAAGACAAUUGCAGCUACAAUUACAAAAUAAAUUGGAUGAAUUGAAUCAUUUAGACAUUAUGGAACAACAAAUACUUUCAAAGGCAGCUAUUAUCAAUAAUAAUCAAAUGUCACAACCACAUGAAUCAAUGAUAAAUGAUACAAGUUCAAUAAUGACAUCAUUGUCUUUGAAUUCAUCCAGUAGUUCGAAUAGUUCAUCAUCAACAAAUAUUGAUCAUCAUCAUCAUCAUCAUCGUCAUCAACAUUUUAAUAAUAAAAAUCGUGGAUCAAUAGCACCAAAUUCAUUGAAAAAUUUUUUCGUCACUGGUCGCGCUUCAAGUUCAUUAUCAUCGAAUGCAGCACAACAAAAUUAUCAUCAUCAAUCAUUAUCAUCAUCGUCAAAUGUUGUAGCCAAUACGAACAAUAUGGCUAAUCAUCAUCAUCCACAACAACAUAGAGAAAGUCGAUCACCAUUAAUGAAUUAUCAUCAUCAUCAUCAUCAAACUCAACAGCCAAUAAUUGGUGUACAACAACAUCAACGUAGCAAAUCGGUUGGUGUUAGUUCAAGAUUUAGGAAUUUCGAUCAUCAUGAUGAUAAUGAUGGCCAAUCUGUUGGUGAUGCAAAAUCAUCAAAAUUUUUAUUGGCGCCGCCUAUAUUACAAUCAAAUCAUCAAUUACCACCAAUGAUACCAACUACAACCACUACCACUACCGCUACUGCAAUACGAACAAAUCAAUCGAAACAACAACAACAACAACAACAACAGCAGCAAUCAUCAUCAUCAUUAUUAUUUAGUUCACCAUAUGUAAAUAAAUAUGAUACAUCCGUAAAGAAUUUAUUAAAUUCAAAUGAACUUUCAAAUCUUUAUUCUGUGCCAAAUCGACGAACAUCGGUUGCAUUAAAUAGUCUUGAUGAUACAGCAAUAUUGAUGAAUCAAUCACGAUCAUCAUCAUCAACAACGACAACAGCAUCGAAUAUUCCAUCAAUUAAAGCGAAUAACUUUUCCAUCAUAACAUCAACAGUAACAUCGUCGACAAAUUCAUUAACAUAUUCAAAAAUAACGUAUCAUAUGGAAAAUAAUUCAACAGCGACGACGACCACAAAUACAACCGAUGAUUUUAUUGAAUCAAGUGUUGAUUCAAUAGGCGGCUUAUCAAUCAAUAAUGAAACCAAUAAAAAAAUACGACAACGUUAUCGUAGUAUUGAUGAAGAAAAUCUUGCCAAUUAUAGAUCAUUUUUAUUAUCACGCCACAAUAGUUCUGGAUCAAAUCGAUCAUCAUCAUCUUCAUCGACAUCAUCAUCAUCGACGACGGCGACAAAGACAUCGAAAUCAUCAUCAUCGUCA